AUGUCCGAGCCGAGACAGAACGCGGCGGCAAGCGAUAGAAAAAACUCCAAGGAUCGAAAACAUUCAGUACCCGUUAGGAAGUCAAGGCGCCAAUUCCAAUGCUGCGUCGCCAGAGAAUACUACAGUGAGUACUCGAACUUGGUGGACUCUCUGCACAUCAUGCCACGCAUGAUGGUCCACCAAAAGGGCUUCAAGGUCAACAACACGUACGGCCUGACCCUUAAUAUCAAGAACACCGGAGUAUUUCCCCGCUUGGUCAAUGUGACCACCGACAGUCCCGAAGACACCUCCAUUUCCAUAGCAGAACUGGACCUUCAUCGCUACUUGGACACCGAUGAGACCCUGGAGGUGAAGAUCUGGAUCCGGGCGACUUCCAAGCGGGAUAUCAACCGCCGACGCCACAUCCUGAUCGAGUGCUACCACCCUAAUAUCAUCUUUCAAGUGCCCAUAAUUGUUCUGGACAAGCUGAAGUUUCCCUCGAUCAGCGACACUGUCACCUUUCCCAGCUGUGUUCCCGGAAACAAGACGCACUACGAGAUGAUCAUCUACAAUCCCACCAAAGAUCUCGUCAGAGUGCGUUACAGAAAUACCAAUCGUGGGCUAGACAUCAAUGACAACAACAAGGACCUGCUGCCGCCCAGGGAUUACGCGAAGCUCCUCCUGAUCAUCCACCCGCAGAAGCUAAAUGUCUACAGAGGAUUUUUCAACGUUAAGUUUGGAGUUUUGCCCCCCAAGCCGGUGAUGUUUGUUUUCACGCCCAAGUCAAUGGGAGUGCACCUGAGUGUGGGCAGCGUGGCCUUCGGGAUGACCAAGUUCUCGCGCGAGGAAGUGCGCACGGUGACCGUGUGCAACGAGAGUCCGCACGAGGUGUUCGUCAACGGGGACUUUCACUCGGAGCCACAGGCCACAGUGACGGAACCCUUUGCCCUCGAUAAGGAGGAUAGACUUUCGAACAAGCUGAUCGACGAUGCCGUCAGCAUGCACAGCGUUCUGCUCUACGACUUCGAGGAGCAGACGAGUGUGCAGGACGUCCUGAUUGAUGCAAAUGCCGUCAAGCACUUUGACUUUACAGUGCCCAACAGGAUCUUGGCUGGAGUUUCGGAAGACAUUAAACUGAUCUUCCGGCCGAGCUACGACGCCGAAAGUCCGUUUCCAGAGGACGCGGAUCCUCCGUACUUCCAGCGCACUCGAGUCUCAUUUUGCUUCAGCGACGUCGAGGAUUGCAUCGAAUCGCACAACGUCAUCCUGUCUGGCUUGAUCGGGGGCAUCGAGGUGGAGUUCCAUCCGAAGGUGAUUGACUUCCGGAAGAUCUAUCUUGGCGAGGAGCACUGCGCCCAGAUCAAAGUACUCAACUCUGAUGAUGUGCCUGCCAAGGUCGUGUACACAGAUUGUUCGGAACCUGAUGCGGCCGGUAUCCGCAUCACGCCCGUAGAAGGAUUCGUCCUGGAGCCUUGCACCCGCGGCAUCUUCAACAUGUCCUUCUACUCCUUGUUUCCCUCCCGUUUCACGAACACGCUGCGCUUCAAGGUGGAGAAUGGAGGCCACUACAAGAUCACCCUAAAGGGUACAGGUCAGCCCGUCCAGCUACGCACCUUCCCCCAACUGGUGGAGUUCGGGAGUAUUCCGAUGGCAGUGCCCCAGAAGCGGUACAUGCUGCUGAUGAAUCCCCUUGCUGUGCCCAUAACGCUGCAGGUGAAACCCACCGACGAUGGCGAGGAAACGCCGUUGGUCCUCAACAUACGCAGCUCCACGGAAAUGCUGCCCAUAACAGUGAGGGAUCCCAUAAAACAUCUCCAGCAGGUACACGAGGAUUUGCAGUCCCAGGAGACGAUUGAAAGUAAGGAAGUCCGCCUCACGAUCACGGAGUCAGAAGCUAUGUCCUUUCAGUCCGUCAAGAUGAGCGAGUCCACAUACAGUAUGGAGUUUGAAGAGGAAGUUAUGGAACCCAUUCCUCAGAUGGCUGCCCAUCUGCUGACCAGCCUGAAGAAGCAGAAGAUCUUCGACAAGUCGGAGACCGAUCGCAGAGUUAUCCAGGAAGCGAUGCUGGGCCUGCUCAACACCAAGUACUUCUCGGUGUUUACCAAGCACAGCAACUACAUAUUCAUGGACUGGAACGCCGUGCCCAGCGAUCCACGGGAGGUGUUCUGCGACAAUGAGAUAAUCUACCUGCGUCCGAACACUGGUCGCAGCAUCACCAUCCUGCUGGUGCCGAACAAGGUUGGCUACUUCCAUCGAUCGCUGUCCGUGCGCAUCUGUCCAGCCAUCCCGCCACCUUCUUUGGACUCCAGCGAUGAUCACCCCAUCAUGAAGAGUCUCAUCAAGUCGGAGUUCCUCUGCUCAAAGCUCUGGUUUGAGUACAACUGCGUCGUUCCCGAUAUUGUAUGGUCCAAUUUGGUGGACCUCUCGCAGCGCAUCAUUUACGCUGGAGAGGAUUACGACUUUGAGAUGACAUUCUCGAACCGCUCCAUUAUCGGCGCCUUUAUUCACUACGACGUCAUUCCCACCGACAUGUCCUUUCGCGACGGCACUUGGAAGUUCUUCGUUGACGGUGGAGUGGACAUAACUGCCCAGUGCGCGGUCACCUUCCGCUCGCUGGGCAGUACCCGGCUAUCGGGUCUGGUGAAGAUCGUGGGCGCCAACCGGCCGUACGCCUUUCACCUGUUUGCCAACGUACUGCCCACGGAGAUCCGGGUAAAUCCGUCGUACGUCCACCAGCGCCUGCAGGUCUACGAGAAGAGCGUGGUGCACUUCUACAUCGACAACUAUACGCCCACACACACCAAGCUCAGCAUGAGACUGAAAGAUAUAGAAUUCCAGUAUCUGACAUUGCGGGGCGGAUCUUUGGCACCUACGGGACAGAGCACGUACACCUCCCUGGUGUCGAUGUUCACCGACCCCGAUCUGUACCAGAACAUCCUGUACAUCGACCUGCAGUUCGACAAUGUGAUGAUGCUUCCCAUCACUUUCCUGGUCGAGGGCGUGCCUCUCUAUUUCGAGCCCGAUAUCCGACAGGGCUUCUACGCAGGGCUGCUGUUCACCGACACCAAGGAGCAGUUCCAGGAUGGCAUCUACCAGCACCGCUUCCCAAUCCGGGUGAUUAACAAAGGCCACCGCUCGUACCGCAUUUUAAUCAUUCGGUUGAACACCUAUGGGCCGGGCGCCAAUACAACAUCCGCCUGCUCCACCAACGCUCUGACCUCCCGAUUCGACAUGGAGCCGAAAAACAUCUUCAUGUCGCCCAGUUGCGAAAGUCAGCUGGACAUCCUGGCCAGCUCGUAUGUUGAGGGACAUGCCACCGGCGACUUCCUGCUGCAGGUCAUCGACCAAAAGUACCCACAACGCAAGCACAUCAUACGGGUCAGAGCAUCCGCAGACUUUAUGGACUGCCAGCUCCUUUGGAACCCCAAACAGGUGAACUUUAACUACAAGCGCUGUGAACCCCUAAAGGAACGAUCUUAUGUGGAGACGCCUCUUCUGGUGAAUCCCUGUUCGAAUCCCGUCCAUAAUGUUACACUCCAGGUGAUCGGCCCCUUCAAAAUCAAGGAGUUCUACGAGGACUCCUACGAGAAAGAGUUGCAGAUCAGUUUGAAGAGUGUGGAACGAAAGGAUAUCUUCGUGAUCCUCAACAGAGGAGCCCUGAAGCAACCUUUCUGUCGCCAGCUCGAAGGUCGAAUCAAUGUGAUGGCUUUGGGGAAGCAGUUAAAGUCCCUCCCACUGCGCGUGGCCGUUAUGGUGCCGGAUGUGGUGAUCCUGCAGCCGGAUCUAGUCCUCUUCGAUCGGGGCAAGCCGUACGAUAGUAGCAUCAAUCUGGUCAACCAAGGUUGCAUGCCAGCCGAUUUCAAGUGGAGGAGGUUGGAGACCACCGAGAUGUAUAUCGGUGACGAGGAUGAUCCGGAAGGCAUUGCUGCGGAAAUCCUAUCUGAGCUUCUGCGCAUGCUGGAAUACGAUUUUAGCUGCGAGGAUCAGCCAAACAUGACCAAAAGAUACCAGGAGUGUCUCUGUCAGUUCCGUCGAUUUCAGGAAAAUGGUGAUUUUAUUCUGGAAAUCCUGGAGGAGGUGAUCAACGAAAUGGAUUUAAGGCACCGGCCAUUGCUCUUUCCGCCGAAGGAUCCCCUCGACGAUGAGGAGGACAGGGAUCAAAGCUCAUCGAGUGUCGUGCGGGAAACCAUCUCCGACAUCCUCAACCGCCUGCACAUCGAAUCCAGUGAAAGGUGGUCAGAUCCUUCCUCCGAGUAUUGCUUUGCCAGUCGGUACAUCUACUUCUACGAGAAGAGGGGCAUCGUGGAGGCCGCAGAUCUGGAGUGCAAGCUCUACCUGCCACACAUUCGGCGGAACCGCGAGAUGCGGGCCGUUUUCGAGUUGUCCCUCCUGGGCGGACGAAGUCAGCGGUUCACUGUCACGCUGGUCAAUCUGCCGCAGAAGAUAAAGUUCCACAAGGACAGCAUCUACAUGGGUGUCAAGCCCUGGUACGAGUCUUACGAUACGACGGUGCGUGUCACCAACAUGACCAAGUAUCCGCUCCAACUAGUUGUGGUCGAGAUGAAGAACCCGCCACCAAAGGAGCAACCACAGGAGAAGCGUCUGGUAGACGGCUACUGCAAGAUGAUGACCAGCGAUCUGAUGCACCUGGAUCCGCACGGAGCGGAUCAGAUCCGGGUGAAGGGCAUCCUCGGGUUUAGCGAGAGCUUUCGACAUACUUUUGGAGCGAUGAUCAACAACAGUGACUCCAACCACUUCUGCCUACGGGGACAGGGAGUGCUGCCCAUGCUGGAGAUGACAUCCUCACUGCCCAGCACUCCCUUGGAUGCUCUGGAAGUGGAGGAGGAGUACAGAAUGUUGCAGAAGAUCUACCACUAUGAGAUCUUUCGAUCGAUUACCGAGGUGGAUGAAGAGUCGAAACCUGCAGGAGGGGAGGAGAAGGAGAACCAAGUGGAGGAUUAUCCAUCCAUAAGCGAGGAUUUUUCUAUGCUGUCAUCCUCGGAGGAAGAAAUGUCUUCCGAGCGCAAAAAACUGCACGACUUGCAGCUCUUCCGUAUGGUCCACACCUACGUGAUGGUAAACAAUAACCAGGAACUGCCACAUGCCACUGUCCUGAGGCAACUGAUUCUGGCGGAGAGGUAUUUAAAGCAGCUCCGCUCCAAGCCUGAGUUGUACGCGGUGCAUCAGCAGGUCUAUCAGACCUACCAGAAGAUGCACAAGGCGCCGGGCCUCAGGCAGCCUGCGAUGGUCAAGCACUUCACCGUUCAACCCAUUCCAUGCCAGCAACACGGAUUCAUCCUGGACUUGGGUUCCUUGCAUAGGAACACCAUUCGGCGCUUCAAGAUCCAGCUGCACUUCUUUGGUCCUGGAAAACUUAUUGCGGCUGCUCGCACUGCUGUUAGGAUUCCGGGCCUCUAUGUGGAUUUCAAUGUGACAGAUGCCAGGCAUGCCGAUAAAAAAUUCUCAUUCUGGGCUGAGAAGUGCACGGCGCUCGAGUACUUCAAGGACAAGUACAGGAACAUGUUUGAGCGCCUGCUGGACGCGGAGCAGGAUCCAAAGCUGAAACACGCCCACUCCUUUGACUUGGACACAUUGGUCAAGCACCAGCGAGAUCUGGCGCCGAAGGAUCGUCGUUUGAUCGAGGAGUAUUACAACAGCCUGAAUCCCUCAGUUUAUCCGGACCACAAGCACCACUUCACCCUGGCUAAGAUCUUCUCGGGCUGCUUGUCCAACUAUUCCGGGGUGGACGUGACUAUGGUCGGAUUCUUCAAGCCAGAGUCGCGUUUCUAUGAGAAGGACCAGCUUGUGGAGGACUACCUCUUCAUAGAUCUGCACAUGGGUCCUACGCUUCCUGUCCUACUGAAAGGCGUCCUCGUGUCCUAAAAAGUCUUGAAAUUUUAUAUGCAUUUAUUGUGGGGUUUAGUUCGGAGUGGAUGGGUGGGUUUUCUUAGUCUUAUGUGCAGUAAUAAAGCUUAUACUUUGGGAGAGGCGAAAGCCCUCAGCAAUACA